AGACAAAGAUUAGUUAAUUAGAAAGUAGAUUUGGUUGAAAAGUAAAGAGUUCAUUCUUAUCAUAAACGAUUAUAGUAAGAAAGGGGAUAAGAGAUUAGAAAGUAGAUCCAGUUGGAAAGAAAAUGUAAAGCCCAGUAAUACGUGUCGAGCAGAAUGCAUUAGGGGAGACCAAGUGUCCAAUACUGUCCAACUCAUCUUCAGCUAAUUUAGGCUAUAACGCCUACACUUUCUGCAAGUUUUGGUAGCUGAAUUUCCAUCGAUCAUAUCGACAUCAUGCCUAGAAGAUAUGCAUUAGGGAGGGCAGAAGAGGCCACCCACCCCGACUCCAUCAGAGCAGCUUUAGCUGAAUUCCUCUCCACUCUCAUCUUUGUGUUUGCCGGUGAAGGAUCCGUACUCGCUCUGGACAAAUUGUACAAGGAAACGGGACCCCCGGCUUCAGGAUUGGUGAUGGUGGCACUCGCGCAUGCAUUGGCACUGUUUUCUGCAGUAUCCGCCAGCAUCAACAUAUCAGGUGGCCAUCUCAAUCCUGCAGUUACCUUCGGCGCUCUGGUUGGCGGAAGGAUCUCCGUUGUUCGCGCUUUCUAUUACUGGAUUGCUCAGCUUCUCGGUGCUAUUGUGGCUUCUCUCUUGUUGAGGCUUGUAACUAAUGGCAUGAGACCAGUAGGAUUUCAUGUAUCAUCAGGGGUUGGAGAAGUGCAUGGGCUGAUUAUGGAGAUGGUAAUGACAUUCGGACUGAUGUACACAGUGUAUGCAACAGCGGUUGAUCCUAAGAGAGGAAGCUUGGGCAUCAUUGCCCCUCUAGCCAUUGGGUUCAUAGUCGGGGCGAACAUUCUAGUAGGGGGUCCUUUUGACGGAGCGUCAAUGAACCCAGCACGAGCGUUUGGGCCAGCACUGGUUGGGUGGAGAUGGAACAAUCACUGGAUAUAUUGGCUCGGUCCUUUCGUGGGAGGAGGCUUGGCGGCGCUCAUAUAUGAAUACAUGGUCAUCCCAACAGAGCCACCGCAUCACACGCAUCAGCAUCAGCCUCUGGCUCCUGAAGAUUACUAAAUUCUUGCUGCUGCUGCUCAGAUCAUCAUGUAAUCUGUUUUUUCUUUCCGUUGAAGCUUGUCUUGUCUUGUGUUGUGUUGUCUGUUUCUUUUUCAAGCAGCUGCUUUGUUCGUGGACACUUGCGGCAGCUGUAAAUAAAUAUGUAUGCCUCGCACUGUUUAAUUACUAUUCAAUGUGAUUUUAAUUUAUAUGUCAA